CCCGGGCUGGGUGACGCCGCCGCCGCCCGCGCCCCUCCCAGACCCCGCCGGCCGCAUGGAGCCCCCGGAGGGCGCCGGCCCGGGAGAAGCCGUUCAGGAGGUGGAGGGACCACAGGCAGCCCUGGGCACCCUGGCCCACGGGGCAGGGGAGAGCUACCGCUCACCCACGGCCGAGGAGGAGGUGGGCAUCCCAAUACCAGCCCCGGGGCUCCUGCAGGUCACAGAGAGGAGGCAGCCCUUGAGCAGCGUCUCCUCCCUGGAGGUACACUUUGACCUCCUGGACCUCACCGAGCUGACCGACAUGUCUGACCAGGAGCUGGCCGAGGUCUUUGCUGACUCAGACGACGAGAGCCUGGCCGGUGAACCGCCAGCAGGCCUGCACCCACUGCCCCGGGCCGGCUGUCUGCGCUCCCCCUCCUGGACACGAACCAGGGCCGAGCAGAACCGAGAGAAGCAACCGCUUGGUGACCCGGAGCGCCAGCCAGCAAUUGUGGACACAUUUCUCACCGUGGAGAGGCCCAAGGAGGACUAG